AUGGCUUGGAGGCGAAUCAUCACCAAGGUUUCGAGUCAUGAACCGGAAUUGAGAAGCUUACUUGUUAGAGCUUCUAGAAGAGGAGUUGUUGGAGCUACUGGUAGUGGUGGAGCUUCUUCCAGGUUUCAAUCGAGCUACGUCGGUAGCUUUGCUCGCAGAGUGCGUGAAAGAGAUGAGUUCAGCGAGGUUGCACAACUGAGAGAACUCGUCCGCAGAAACGAUCCUGAAGCAGUUAUCAGAAUCUUCGAAACCACCCCAUCUAUGCAUGCCAACCCCUCUGCACUCACCGAAUACAUCAAGGCGUUGGUCAAAGUUGAUAGGCUUGAUAACAGCGAGCUCGUGCGAACGUUGCAAAGAGGUAUCGCUGGUGCUUCUUCUCAGGAGCAACAGGGUUUUGGAGAUGUUGCAGCGUUUAGAAACUUGGGGAAGGGAACAGCAAAAGAUGGUGGUGUUCUUGGAACUUCUGCUGCACCGAUACAUACCAUAUCCACUGAAAGGAGUAGCUUUAAGGAACAGCUUUGGAGUACUUUCCGGACUAUUGCUGUUGGUUUUUUGCUUAUUUCUGGUGCUGGAGCACUUAUUGAGGAUAAGGGGAUCACCAAAGGACUCGGUUUGCAAGAAGAAGUGCAACCUAGCAUGGACUCAAGCACAAAAUUUUCAGAUGUAAAGGGUGUUGAUGAAGCCAAAGCUGAGCUAGAGGAAAUUGUGCAUUAUCUUCGUGACCCCAAGAGAUUCACUCGUUUAGGAGGGAAGCUUCCUAAGGGUGUGUUGCUUGUUGGACCUCCCGGCACAGGGAAGACUAUGCUUGCUAGGGCCAUUGCCGGAGAAGCUGGAGUUCCUUUCUUCUCCUGCAGUGGUAGUGAGUUUGAAGAGAUGUUUGUUGGGGUUGGAGCCAGAAGAGUGAGAGAUCUUUUCGCUGCUGGAAAGAAGUGCUCCCCUUGUAUUAUUUUCAUCGAUGAGAUUGAUGCUAUUGGAGGAAGCCGUAACCCCAAGGACCAGCAGUACAUGAAGAUGACACUGAACCAGUUGCUCGUUGAGUUGGAUGGGUUUAAACAGAACGAUGGGAUUAUUGUGGUGGCUGCAACAAAUUUCCCUGAGUCAUUGGAUAAGGCUUUGGUUAGGCCUGGGAGGUUUGAUCGCCAUAUUGUUGUGCCUAACCCUGAUGUGGAAGGUCGACGCCAGAUUCUAGAGUCUCACAUGUCAAAGGUACUUAAGGCUGAAGAUGUUGAUUUAAUGACCAUAGCUAGAGGAACACCUGGAUUCUCUGGAGCUGAUUUGGCGAAUCUGGUGAACGUUGCUGCACUGAAAGCUGCAAUGGACGGUGCAAAAGAUGUGACAAUGUCUGAUCUUGAGUUUGCUAAAGACAGAAUCAUGAUGGGAAGCGAGAGAAAGUCUGCGGUUAUAUCGGACGAGUCAAGAAAACUAACUGCUUUCCAUGAAGGUGGUCAUGCUCUUGUGGCCAUCCACACAGAAGGUGCUCUUCCAGUCCACAAAGCAACCAUUGUGCCACGUGGUAUGGCUCUUGGCAUGGUUUCUCAACUACCUGAUAAAGAUGAGACUAGUAUCUCUAGGAAACAGAUGCUUGCUCGGCUUGAUGUUUGUAUGGGAGGGAGGGUGGCAGAAGAGUUGAUCUUUGGGGAGAGUGAGGUGACUUCAGGAGCUUCCUCUGAUCUCGAGCAGGCAACUAAACUCGCUCGAGCAAUGGUUACCAAAUUCGGUAUGAGCAAAGAGGUUGGUCUUGUGGCUCAUAACUAUGAUGACAAUGGGAAAAGCAUGAGCACCGAGACGAGGCUUCUCAUUGAGAGUGAAGUGAAACUUCUUUUGGAGAAGGCUUACAACAAUGCGAGAACCAUCCUCACGGUUUACAACAAAGAGCUGCAUGCCCUUGCAAACGCUUUGCUUGAGAAGGAAACUAUGUCUGGGAAGCAGAUUAAAGAAUUGCUUACUGAUCUCAACUCUCCUCAGAUGAAAAAGCGUCAAGAGGUUGUUGCACAGCAGAGCCAGUCUGUUCCUCCAUCAACUCCUAGCCCUGCAUCAUCAGCAGCCGCAGCGGCUGCUGCUGCAGCUUCUGCCGCCGCAGCUGCUGCAACGGCCGCAACUAAAGGUAAAGACAUGGCUCCUGUAGGGUCUUAA